UUUUUUUUUUAUUAGUUAUAUUUUUACUCAAUGAAAUUUAUUAUUAAUAUAACAUCUAUUUGGUUCAAGUCAAUCCUCUAUUUUUGUUUUUAUAUAAAGACAAUCAUUAUUGGAUUAACUUCAUUUAAGAAAAAGCAACAUAAUCAAGAACAUAGUAAAUUAAUACCUUUACGCAAAAAGGCUGAUUGUUAUCUUGGAUAUAAACCAUUACCGGCUACAGUGUAUCAUAGACCUUCACCUAUAAAGCAGCUCCCUAAUGAAAUCUUACUUAACAUAUUUUGUCGAAUGAACGUAAAUGAUUUGUAUCAUUGUUCAACUGUUUGUAUGCGCUGGUUUGAAUUGGCUUCAUUCAGCUUGUGGAGAUCGCCUGUACCUAAAUCACCUAUAUUUGAAUGUUUACCUGUCUUACUUGAUAUAGAUAAAAAAUAUAAUGUCCAGCACACGCAUCAUCAUCAUCAUCCUUCGCCAUCAUCAUCUCGUAUUUCUGCUAGUUUCCCUCUUCAUUUAGAUCGUGUUGGCCAUCUAGUUCGGUCACUCGAUUUAUCACAUAUUGCUUCAUACAUCACUGACUGUACCAUUCAACAUAUCGCUGAUUACUGCCCUUAUUUAGUUGACCUGAAUUUAUCCAAUUGUUGUUUCAUUACAAAUAAUAGUCUUUAUCAUAUCAGUCAAUCACCUAUAGCAGGUCAUCUUAAAAGACUUAUUUUAGAAGGAUGUCAACAAAUCAAUGAUAUAGGUUUAGAUCAUCUUCAAAGAAACUGUCACAAGAUCGAGACACUUUCCAUAGGUCGUUGCUCGGGCAUCACAAAUAAGGGCCUUGUUAGCCUUGUGAUGGCAUCCGAAUCUACAAUUCGUAGAUUAUAUCUAAAUGAGUGUCCCCAUGUGACCGUGGCAGGACUUCAUCCAAUUAUUCGUAUUUGUGGGUCUAGAUUGGAAUUAUUAGAUAUUACAAAAAUGAAGCAUAUUCAAUAUGAACAUAUUACUGAUCUCGUGGAGCACUGCCCCAAUAUUAGGAGCUUAACCAUCUCAUUAAAGAAGCCAGCAUGCAUACAAGAGUUACGUAAACAAGUGAACGAAACGAGACAAACACUAUUUGACUCACCUCAUCAACUGGUGAUUAUUGAAGAGGAGAAACAACAAGAAACCAACUAUGCUGAUAAUGCUUUAGCUGAAUUACUUGGCAUGUUAAAUCAAUUUAAUUUACAACUUAGUCUUAGUGAAAGUUCAACUCAUCAUAGUCAAAUGUUAUUAGAAAGACAAAGAAGACGUGAUGUAGCUUCAACAAAGGCAAUACAGAUCAUAGCAUUCAAUUUAAAAAAAUUAGAAUAUUUAAAUAUUUCUUAUUGUUAGACAUUUUCCCCCCACCCAUACAUUUGCUUUGUACAUAAUUUUAAAAUAACACAUAAAUAUACAUAAAUGAAUAUUUAUAUAUCUUUCAUUAUAA